AUGAAACGCCAUCUAUCGGAUUUAGUUUUCUUCCUAAUUUUUUAUUGUAGGUUGCUUGGUUUAUCAACAUGCGGAGGACUAAAAACUUUUCCACCAGAUUUUGAAUUUGGAGCCGCGACAUCAUCUUAUCAAAUAGAAGGGGCUUGGAAUGUUGAUGGUAAAGGAUGGUCUAUGUGGGAUCACCUCGUGCGCACCACACCACAGCGCAUCGAGGACAUGACAAACGGAGACACAGCUGCCAAAUCUUACUACUUAUACAAAAGAGAUGUUGAAAUGCUAAAAGAACUUGGUGUCAAAAAUUACCGGUUCUCCAUAUCCUGGCCGAGGAUAUUACCUUACGGUCGACCAGAUUACGUGAACCCUUACGGCGUUGCGUACUACAACGCAUUGAUAGAUGAGUUACUAGCAAACGGUAUAACUCCAUUCGUGACGAUGUACCAUUGGGAGUUGCCUCAGAAUUUGAACGAACAAGGAGGUUGGAUGAAUGAUGAAAUUGUUAAUUGGUUCGGUGAUUAUUCGAGAGUUUUGUUUCAACAUUUCGGCGAUAGAGUAAAGCACUGGUUGACUAUAAAUGAAGCUCAUGUCCAUUGUUAUUUGGGCUACGAGGUGGCUCUACACGCGCCACAGAUUUCUUUACCUGGUGUUGCGUACUACGAGUGUAGUAGGAAUAUACUUCUAGCGCAUGCUAAGGCAUACCGCAUCUAUGAGGCAGAGUUUAAAAGCACACAAGGAGGUGAAAUCGGUUUCGUUACAAGCAUGGAAUGGGGCGAAGCAGAAAGUGAUUCGGCUACAGAUAGAGAAGCUUUACAAGAUUUUCUAUCUGUCAAUAUCGGUCAACAUAUGAAUCCGAUAUUUUCGGAGAGCGGUAACUUCCCCCAGCGGUUGAUUGAUCUUGUUAACUCAGCGAGUAUUAGACAGGGACUUAACGAAUCACGAUUACGUCCGUUCACCGAAGAACAGAUCGAAUCAAUCAGAGGAUCGGCCGAUUUCCUUGGAUUGAAUCACUAUACGAGUAGAAUUAUUUAUAGAAAUGAAUCUCUGAACGGUACUUUCUUUGUACCUUCGUUGCGAGAUGAUACUUUUUACGGAGACUAUCCCCAUCCUUCUUGGUUUUUCCACGGGGGAUAUGUUUAUGAAUAUGCCCGUGGAUUCUACGAUUUAUUAAUUCACUUGAAAGACAAUUACAAUAUUCCCAAGAUAUACAUAACAGAGAACGGUUGUCCGUCUGUCAGAGGUCUCAAUGACACCCACAGAGUGCGGUAUUACAGGGAAUAUCUGAGUGCCAUUAUUGAUGCCAUUGAUCAAGGUGUUAAUGUCAAAGGUCACUUCGCAUGGAGUUUAAUGGAUAAUUUUGAAUGGACUUCUGGAUACACAAUAAGAUUCGGUAUCUACGAUGUUGAUAUGGACGAUCCAGAAAGAAAAAGAACGCCGAAGAAGUCAGCUCUAGUAUACAAAGAAAUGGCAAGAAGUAGAGUUAUCGAUUACGAUUUUGAUGUUGAUCCUUACGCACCCUCUAGUGCUUCCGGUAGAAAUGCAUCGAUAUUUAUAUUUUUAUUACUGGCAAUACAGAAAGUUUUAGUAUAAUUUUUUUUGUACCUACACCUAGUCUUUGUCUAAACUUAAUUAGUGUAAUAAAAUUUAAUUAAACAAUUCA